AUCCGAGUCAAUUUUUUUCUAUUUUCUAUUGACCUCGACUGAUAAAAAUAGAACUCAACUGAACUGAACCGAACCUGUCUGUGUCUGUCUCUCGACUUCUUGCGACGCCCCUUAGACAUCCCUGGAAUUCGCAUCGAAUCACGGCUGCACUAGGCGCCUGGACCAUCCAAUCACGCUGCGUCCCCUUCGUUCCCCCACGAGCGCGAUAACCAUCCGCAACCCCGCGACGACAGCUCUCGAUAGCCCCAACACCCUUUGUUCUCGUUCUGCGACACUGACCUAUACCUCCUCGUAUACAUCAACCAACCCCAAACGUCCAACUCCGGCCCCGGAAGUCUCCUCCUCCUCCACAAACUGGCCGGUAACAAGCGUCGCAGUCUCUCCUCUCACGGAGGAAGUCUGCUAAAUAGAAUGUUUGGCGGAGCCUCCACCAACUCGGCGGCCAAGUCUGACAACGAUUCCAAGAGCGACGGCAAGUCGCCCUCGCCCGAGGCCAGCCCGACCACGGCGUCUGCGCUGCCCAUCAAGAACGCGGACCAGGCGGCCAGCGGCGAGAAGCGCAGCGGCAAUGGCAGCCCUCCCACUCGACAGGAUACCGGCGAGAAGAAGCGCAGGAGUAGUGGCGUCAGCAGCAAGGCCAGCAGCCUGCUAGCUUCGGCCAGGAACUCGCUCAACUUCUCCCAGGUUGGUCGCUCCGGGUCCGACGCAAACGCUCAGACGCCGCUCCAGAAGCUCGGGAAGCAGGACCCAGCUCUCGCCGUGCCCCAGGGCCAGCACAACAACUCGGCUGGCGAUUCGGUCCCCGGACCAAAGUCCACCUUCCGCGUCGGUGUUUGGGAGGAUAGGAAUAAGAAAUGCCGCCGGACGAUGGAGGACACGCAUGCCUUUUUGUACAACUUCUUGGACACGCCCGCCCCUGCGGUUGACGCAUCUGCCGGAAAGGACAAGUCAAGUAAGGACGACAAAGAUGCCUCUCAACGAGAGGUCUCCGAGUCGGACAACGGCUACUUUGCCAUCUUUGACGGCCAUGCUGGCACAUUUGCUGCGGACUGGUGCGGCAAGAAGCUUCACAUUAUUCUAGAAGACAUGAUACGAAAACACCCCAAUAUGCCGAUCCCCGAGCUCUUGGACAUGACGUUUACAGCUGUCGACUCCCAACUCGAGAAGCUUCCGCUCAAGAACAGCGGCUGCACGGCCGCCAUUGCCGUUCUUCGAUGGGAGGACCGCGUGCCCAGCGAUCGAUCCGUCACCGGUUCUCUGGCCAUUGCCCCAGCUGCCGCAAACGUUGCUGCCGGCAAGGUUUUGGCCAAAUCGCAAGAAUCAGAAAAGGAAAAAGAUGGUUCAUCAGAACCAUCACAGGCCGUUCCCAGCGAGUCUAUAACGGCGAAGCUCAGGGGAAUGGCCACUCGACAACGUGUCUUGUACACGGCCAACGUGGGAGAUGCGCGCAUCAUCCUCUGUCGCAACGGCAAGGCCUUGCGCUUAUCCUACGAUCACAAGGGCAGUGAUGAAAACGAAGGCAAGCGAAUUGCCAACGCCGGAGGUCUCAUCCUCAACAACCGCGUCAACGGAGUCUUGGCUGUCACCAGAGCACUUGGAGAUACCUAUAUGAAGGAUCUUGUGACUGGCCACCCAUACACCACCGAAACGGUCAUACAACAUGACCUCGACGAAUUCAUCAUUAUUGCUUGUGAUGGGCUAUGGGAUGUAUGUAGUGACCAAGAGGCUGUUGAUCUCGUCCGAGACGUUCACGAUCCUAUUGAAGGAUCAAAACUACUAGUCGACCACGCUCUCAACCGAUUUAGCACAGAUAAUCUGUCAUGUAUGAUUGUGCGAUUCGACAAAGAGGCUCUUGCGCAGAGCCAAACCAACCCAGCCCGCCAGGAUACCGAAGCCGAAUCGAACAACGGAACUGCGGCAAAGGUCAGUGAGGUGGACAAGAUCAUCAUGGACACAAAGCAGAAGAUUGCCGAGGGCAAAACCCCGGCGGUGGGCGUGUCAGCCAGCAAUAGCGGACGUGGAUACGACAGUGUUCCCGUGCAAGAAGAGGGAUUUGUUCCCACGAGCUUGAGUGAUGCAUUAGUCGAAGAGCCUAUUGCCAUUGAGGAAGAUGAUAGCCCUGAGUUGGCUCCGACCGAGAACCCGGCUGAUGCUGCUGCUGCUGCUGCUACUACUGCUGCGCCAGAAUCAAAACCCGAAUCAAAGGAACCAGCAGAUGCCUAGGAUUCAGACACCCCUGCCGUCCAGCCAGAGGCCGUCUAGCAGUCCCGAUUGAAUCACUCGGACGAGCCCUCCAACUGGAUUGAGCAGGGGUGGAAGUGGUAGCAAAUACGGCCCAUAUCUACAUAGUACACGCGGCGAAGCAGUUGGAGGAGGAACCCAGUCAGCGGAGAGGGUGGAAUCUGGGGAUCUGUUCGGCUCGAGUAUUCAAAUACAAAGGAAGAGAAAGACGAGACGGUGACGAGGCUGACGUCUCAUAGGGUAGUGGCGUACGGUUGGACAAAGACCAAGAUGGCAGUCCAGGUUUUGUACGCUACCUGUAUCUGUAUGUAAGAGAGUGCGAUGUUUGGGUUGUUUUUUGCGGAAUGCAAGACUAUUGAUAUCGAGUAUACUACUAUGUUUGGCUUUG